ACGUGUUUUGAUUAAGUAGGCGUGUCCUUAUUGAAUUGAACGUGGACUAGUCCUUCAUGGAGUCCCGGAUCGAGAGUUUGUGGGAGAGUCUUCACUCUUCUUCUCCCCAGCGUUACUCUUAUGCAACUGAAGUAGCUUCAGAUUUGUACUCUCUUUGUGUUGAGCAAAUAACAGAGUCUGAGUUAGCCUAUUCAAGCUCAGUAUUGUUUAAUCCUGAUAAUGGUAUCCUCAAGUUUCUUCAUGAUGUAACUACACUAGAGGAGUUUGCCAGCUGCAAAGAAGAAUUGUUGAAGUUGCUCAGUAAUUUUGUUAAGAACCUUAGUAGGCGUGUUCUGUCGCAUAUCGUACCAAUCACUGAUGUCUGUGUCUUUAUCUUUAUGAGGGAAAAAUCUGCUAAAGUCAAAAACGCUACCCUCAAUUUAUUAAUAAAUACUCUGGAGUUAUGCGGAAAGACUGAGUAUUCUCAUGAUCUUGAUAUUCCAAAAAUUGCCGACAAAUUUUUCCAAGCUGCAUUACUACCAACCAAGCAUUCUGCUACUAUUAGAGGAGGGAUCUAUCACCUGCUGGGAGUUCUUUGCGAAUGGUUUCCUGAGCAUCUCGUAAAGAUAUCCUCGCGACUGAUCGAUAUUUAUAUGAGUAACCUUAAAUCUGAGAUGACUGUCAAAAAGACAAAGAAGCCAGAGUUACCGAUAAUAUCAGGCUGCUUGUACGGACUCACGGCAUACUUGAACAACUUCUCACAAUCAGCAUCUGAAGGAUCAGUUUAUGCUCAAGAUAUAUACAAGUAUACAAGAAUGGCCAUCGAUCCUCUAGCUAAUUUAACUCGAUAUGAGGUCCCAAGAGCUGGUUUGAGCCUAAUUAGUCGUCACGCGGCUCAAUUUAGAGAAUAUUUAGUCAAAGACUCUGAACACAUGUACGAGAGUCUGUCCAGCUGGUCAAACCACAAGAACAAAGAAUGCAGAGUAGUAGCAGUUAAUGCCAUUGGAUCAUUCUUCAGAGAGGUUUCUACUCAGAUAUCUGAUCCCAGUAUUAGCAGAGAGCUUGGGAUUUCUAAUUAUAAGUUUUUCAUGAAAUGCUUUCGUUCAUUGAUGAACGAUCCUGACAUUAAUCACAGACUAUUAUCCAUUGCUGUUAAAGGCUAUGGGCACUUUGCUAAACCCUGUAGAUUAUAUGGGUCAAUGGAGGAUUUACACUUUAUGUUUGGUGAGAUGGUUCAAAGGAGCGAGCAGCUGUUUCUAGCUAGUGUGGACUUCACCACCAGCAGUAGUAGUGUAGCAUUUGAGGAGAGAUUUCUCUUACCCACUUUCAUUGAAGCACUAGCGAACAUUAGCAAAGAGAUUCAAAAUUUGCCUGAUGUCUGUCUCUCUUCAUUGCAGAAGUUAUCUGUGUUAUUGUUUCAUUGCUACCCUUUCCUUUCAAGUCAUGUUAGAUAUCAGGGGUCUGUGUCUCUCCUCAAGUUGAUAAUGGCAGUCUCUUCAAUACCGACUUCAUUUAAACAAUUCUUGUCUCAUAUUGUUUAUCAAGGUGUCAUAAGGAGCUGCUCGCUUCCUGUUGUUAUUGAAGCUGUCCAGGGCGACGAUAGUGCAGUGGUAACAGCUGCUCCAUUGGCUGAUAGCAACGAUAAAGUUAUGUCUUAUCUUGACUAUGUUCAAUUAUGGAUACAAUUAAUUGAUUAUAAGAAACUCAAAGGUAUGGGAAUGGACUUUGACUUGGAGCUGAGACAAAGCAUACAUCAACUUGUCUAUUCAGAAUUCAUACAAUCAUUACUUAAUAUAUUAAGGAAACUGGACUUCACUACUGCCUCUACUACUGAAGAUGGCAUCAUGGCGAAUGAGGGAGAAGGAGGAGGAGGAUCAGGUGGAGGAGAUCCAGUGAUUACAUCAGAUCCAGUUUUAGGCAGGCAGCCUGCUGUACCAAAAGAUUUUCAAAUUUUCAUUAAUCUUGUAGAAUUAGCAAAGAAGGUGAUUCCAUCUGUUUCUCUCUCAUUAUUUACUCCUUGGAUAUUGACUUUUUCUCAAGAGGUCGUUUCCUUGGCAACUCGCUACCCUCUAGUCAGUGGGUUUUAUAAGCUACUCACCGUUUGUCUCUCGAUAUGCAACAAGACGCAUUUUUUUGAUGUACAUGAUUUGAGUGGUCAAGGCACAGGUGAUGAUGAUGUUGCCAUGGAAACUGAAGAGAGAACUGACAGGCAGAGUUGUUAUUUUUUGUUUAGUUCAUUUAUUAAAGAAGUGGUAGUUCAAAUGCAGCAGUACAAAGAUGAUUUAUUAGCUUCUUGUCUUCAUCUGAUACUAGUGCUUCCCAAAGAGAUGGUUGUUAGUGAUUUCAAGGAACUCAUACCAGCCAUUAAAUUAGCCCUUAGGAUAGGGAUGGGUUAUUUACCAUUGGCUAAGUCAGUCAUGGAGGCAUUGGAGAAAUGGACACUCUAUAUUGUAGAGUCUGACAAGAUGGAUACACUCCAAUGUCUGGUCAAUGAAAUACUCCCUCUCCUUGCUGACUACCUUAAAGCAACAUCAGUUCAAUUAAAAGAGGAGGAAGAUGGAGGUAGAGGAAAGCAAUAUGCAACAAAGCGUUAUGCUAGAAUGAAAAUGGUUGAAAAAUGGAGCGAAGGAUUACAUCAAGGUUCUCGUGAUGAUAUUACAUCAGUACGUAGACGCAUACUCCUCCUAUUGGGGUCCUUAGGGGGUGUGGUCAAUGAGUCUUUGUCAAAAGUGCCAAGUCAGCAUUCCUUGGUAUCAUGGGAUAGUGAUCGGAGGUUAGGGUUUGCUGUUCCUUUCUCUGACCUGAAACCUGAGAUUUACCUUGAUCCAUAUCUACCUACUGUUUGUGAAUUAGCUCUUUCAUCUAGCGACAGACAAACUAAAGUUGCUGCCUGUGAGUUUCUUCAUGCUGCCAUGCUGUUUGUUAUUGGUAAGGGGACACAGCAAUCCGUUCAAAAGAAAAAUCCAAUGACCAAGUUGUAUCAGAAGCUUAUACCAGUAGCACUGCAGUUAGCCUGUGAUGUUGACAGGGUUGCUGAGCAGCUGUUUCGUCCACUUGUCUUUCAAAUGAUACAUUGGUUCACUAGGAAUACACAAUAUGAAAGCCCAGACACUGUUACACUGUUAGAGGCUAUACUGGAAGGCAUUGAACAUCCAACCAAUGCAUCUCUAAGAGACUUCAGUGCCCAAUGUAUUAAGGAAUUCCUCGUUUGGUCAAUCAAACAGACAUCAAAGAAGCAACAAGAGCGUAGUCCGAUGAACACUAAGUCCUUAUUAAAGAGGCUUUACAGUAUGUCUGGUCACCCAAGCACAGCUAAGAGGCUAGGAGCAGCCCUUGCUUUUAACAGCAUAUAUACAGUACUGAGAGAGGAAGAGUCCCUUGUUGAUGUGUUUAUUAUUGAGAUGCUGGUUGUCAUGGUGAACAGUUUGAAACUGGCCCAUAAAGACGCUCAGUCAAUUGGUACGGUGGAUCAGUGUUCCCUAUCUCUGGAUCACAUGUCUCGUAUUAUUAAAGCCAAGUCCUCCACUUGUUUAUCAAAGGCUAAUAAAAACCGGAGGGUACCCAGGGGACUCAAAUCUGCUGACCUCAGCAUUCUUACCGCCUGGCUGUUGGCUCAAUGUGGAUCCAUUGAAACUGAAGCAAGGAAGAUGUGCCGGAAACUACUUGUGCAACUAGCCCCUCCUUCCUCUAAUGUUGUGAACAUAAGGAUGUGGAUUAGGAAAACUAUCGAAAGUGAAGGUGGUAAUUACUUUGUCACUAGGUUUGAAUCACAUGGUCAUAGUGGGAUAUUAAAGGCUCCAACACUAGCGCCUGCUCCUAAUAUAAAUAUUGCUAUCAAUUGGCUCCAGUCCCUACAAGCAGCUGUUGAUAAUUACAGGUGGCUUUUAAAAGAGCAAUAUGUGUCUCCCAGAGAAAUAUUCUCUUCAACUUCAUCCUCCAAUUUAUUCAAGAGUAUCGAUCACUUCUUGAAGUGUAUCGCUCUGGUUGGGAUUGAGGGUGUUGUCAAUUCUCCCGAGGUUGCUAUGGCAACCAGUAUCCAUGAAAGAGGAGAGUACCAAAGGAACAAGUGGUGCACUAUUGAGCUGUUGCUCACUUUCAUUGAACUUCUAUUAACUAAACACACGAGUGAGACUGUUUCUUUUGAAUAUGUACCUGAUUCACUGUGGUCUCAGGAGCUCUACACUAUAGUAAUGGACUCAUUGUUUUAUUCAUCGUUAGUUAAUACUGCACCUGAUGAUCCUUCUACUGCUAAGAGAAUAUCUGAAGCAGCUGUGUCUUGUUUGACUGCAAUGUGCACUAGUCUACCAAUUGAUGUAAAGCAAAACCUCAUUGCAUACAUUGCAUCUAAUAUUAAUACUGGACAGACCAAUAAUGUAAUUAAUCGCUUACCUGUAUCAUAUAAUGAGAGUACAACAUCAAGUGGCAUAUUACUGUUUAACAGACUAGUCCAGGGACACAUUUACUUAGCAGAGUCCAAUAAGUGCUUAAGUGAUGUACUAAAGUCAAUGGGCAUCAGUGAAGAAGAGUCCUUAGCAAUGAGAUUAUAUACUAAUGCUUUGACUAUCAUUAGAGGAAUCUCCUCUUCUCCUGGUGAUGGUACUCCUGGUUAUUAUAUGCCUCCAUUGCACAAGCUGACUGGAGAGUUGCUCUUGAAGUUAGGAUUGGAGCUUAGUGAUAGUGUUGAGCCAUUUCUCCUUCUGGUUCUUUCUCCUGCUCAAAGUGGUGCCGGCGCUAGUUUUGCUGCUCAGGAUGGCCUGCUGCUAUACAUUACAUAUUCAGGAUUAAUUAAUAAUAAAUUAUUAUUGCACAUAAAAAUGGCAAUUGACGUCUUAUUGAAAAAUGCUAAGACACACCCACAACAAGUGUCUGUGAUUCUUAAUUUGCUGUUGGAGUAUGUUCAGAAAGAUUUUAAGAUUAAUAAUAAUAAUAAUAACAAAGAGACUGUAGAGACAUUGUGUACUGAGCUAAUCUCUCACUGGCAAGACUUGAGUCUUUGGUGGGAAGAUGGCUCCAAGGAUUUGAAAUCAGCAGCUGUAACCUUGUUACAAAAGAUAAUAGCAUUGAAGCCAAAACUGCUGUUAAAGAGUGCUGAUGUUAGCAAACCAUUAGUUGACAUGUACACUGCCAUGAUUGGGGACGAGAAACUAGAAUUGAAUUUUAAAGCUGUCAUGAUCGACCUUCUUCCUUCAUUCUUAUUAUUAUCAUCUCCUGAGCAUCAGUCCCAGCUAAAGGGCAGUCUCAAUCGUCUUGUGUCCCUCCAGUUUCCUCUAACUUCAUCAGAACUACCAGCUGGAGGCCCACUGCUUAAUGAGUAUACUAACAUUAUUGAAAAGUUGUGUAAUUCCUUGGUAGCAAGCGGUAGCCUUGUUCUUUUAGAGUUAAUUAUUAACAUUAUGUGUCGAGAAGUCAGACAUGUUUGCGAAGAGAAGAUACAAACCAGUCUUCACCAAUUCAUAUCAAAAUUGUCUGAAGAUGGAGUGGAUGCUCUCAAGUUUGUUUACGAAAUGUUUAAAAAUGAUAAAGAUUUUCCUGUCGCUGCUGUAAAGGGUAUCGGAGAGAGACUCUGUGUCCCAUUAUUCACGGAGUGUUCAUCGGCUGUUCUAUUGGAGUUCUUUGUACUGAAGAUAAGUGAUGUCAUGUGCAUAAUGGAGGCAAAACUAGCAAGAGUGACAGAUCCUAAGUUAGAGUGUCAGUUGGUACACAAGUCGUGUUGUUUCCAGUUUAUUGAGAUACUCUAUACUCGUCUUCCAUCGUCCCUGAUAAGCAGCAUGGAGAGCACUGUUAACACUGCUUACUGUAAUGGCAGCCCUCAGACUGGUAAAGAACUCACUCAAGCCAUUACUAAGUGUUGUCAUGGCGCUAAGUCAGAGGAUCUCCAUGGUGAUAGGACCCACUAUGAAACCAGGAGACAGUACCACUGCCAUGCAUACAACACUUUAAUGUCCGUUAUAUCCUGCACACAGAGCAAGCCACAGUUCUUUGUUGGGUUCCUUUUCAAAGAAGACGUUGUCAAAGGACAGCUGCUAUGGGAUAACAUCAUUGAUUGUGAAAAGAAAUAUGAGUUUCAAGUUGAUUUUGAAGCUCCUCUUAAGAGAAGAAAGCAAAUCACAUCCAUCAGAGACGAUUUAAAACAAUCCACUGCAGCUGGUAAUUCAAGUGGUAGCCCAUCAUCCUCUCCUAGCACUCGUCCACGAUAUAUUUCAUCUCAGUAUUUGUCCGACUCUAGUUUGAGUACUGACGUAUCUCAGUAUGACUUCACAUUACCUCAUCAUCACCAGUACGGGUCUGUAGGCGGAGGAGCAUCUACCGAGAGUAGUAGUAUUGAUGAAGAUUCAGGAAAUUCUCAGGAGGCCUCAUCAUACGUUGUAUCUGAGGAGCAGUUGGAAGAAGAUGAUUUGAAUAUUCACGAGUGCAUGACUCCGCUAAUGAAGCUACUGGAUCACAUGAUCAUCAACAAGAUAACGCCGGCUCCGUCAGGAGAUAGUCCUGAAAUGCCUCCUUGGAUGACGCCUUUGCAUAAAAGAAUGACUGAUAGUAGAACUGGCAGAAACAUUAAAUUGUUUAUAGUCAGAUUAAUCACCAACAGACCAAAGAUAUUCCAGCCAUAUGCUAAACACUGGUUACCAGUCCUUACACAGUUUAUACUCAGCGGAGACAGCACUGCCGGAAUGGGAGGAGCAGUGGGAGGAGGAGAAAAUGGACUUGAUUAUUUUACAGUAGAUGCAAUUGCUACAAUGCUCUCUUGGUCUAGCACAGCUAUUAUUGAAGAUAGAUUUCUUGGUAGUCAACUUUUAGAGUACAUCAUGUUGAGGUCCAAUCAUAAGAAUAGAUCCAUCCUACGCAACAAUCUUGAAAUAGUUAGGACUAUGGUUGAGCUGUGGAAGGAUAAAAUUGAUAUUCCUACCAGAGUGUUGUAUGAUCAGUUCAGUAACUCAGACAAGUCCACUGUAUCUAAUCUAAGUGGUAUACAGCUGGUCGGUAUUGCUGUUGCCAACGAGUUGAAUCCUUACGAUACAAACACUGCUGGAUCACUGGAUCAAGGACUGUAUUACAAGAUAUUUGUCAAUAAUUUGACUUUUAAGUAUAAGCUAAUUUAUGCAGCAGCUGCUGAAGUAUUAGGAAUGAUAAUGAAGAGAAUGGCAGAAUCUUAUGAUCCAUUUCUUGACAGGCUUGAAGAAAUGGUCGGUGAGCAAUUAUUCAAAUUAUCUCAGCCUUUGGAGAAAUCAGAGGACAAAUUUAUUACCUGUCUCCACAAAAUUACUCUUUGUUACAACAAAAUCGUCCCAAGAUUUGUCGAAAAACUCUUGUUCCUCCUGCCGUCACUUCAGGGAGUGUUUCGUAGCUCUUGUCUUGAGAUAUUGGAUACCCAGGCUGAUGUGCAGCCUCAGUUUUACCUCAAGCUAAAGGACAAAGGAUUUCAUACCAUGAUCUCGCAUAGGGAUGAAGCUACCCAAACAGCUAGUCUAAGUAUAGUACAGAAACUCCUUGUUCAGUUAACUAAUGAUCAGUUGUCAGAGAUAGUACCAAUCCUCAUUGCUUCGUUCAGUAAACAUGGCAGUAUACAAUGCAGGAUUGUAUUGUAUAACAUUUUAAUGAGAGUUUAUAAUAAGCUAUGUACUGAUGAUCAGUCUGAAUCUGAUGAUUCUGUGAAGAUGAUUCGAUCUAUAUCAAGAGAUCAGCUCCUUCUUGGAUUAGGGGAUGAAUCAAAUGAAGUCAAGCUAAAGAUGUACGAGUAUUGGAAUCAAGAGAGUAACUUGUCUUCGAAUACGCUGGACAGGUUAACCCAGCUGCUGGUCACCCUGUAUUCUAAAAAGACAGAGACUCAGUUUCUCUAUCAUGCAACUAACCUCUUGCUUGAGUUAACUUCAAGGAGCCCUGACUAUAACAGAGUUUUGUUUGAUACUCCUCUCUCGGAGUGUAGAUUUGAGGAUUAUAAGGAAAUUGAUCUCUCCUGGCAGCAGAGACACUUGCAGAUGACUCCAUUGUUUGCCGCCACCCAAUUAUCUCAGACCCAGUCUGAUACUGGGAGCAUAGGAACGGGAAUGCUUCGUGCUACCGUCCAACAGUCGCUGGCUUUUACCCCAACACAAGGACAAGAGAGCAGCUACAAUUGGAUGACUCCAUCAGCUCAAUCGGUUGAUUAUUCAGUGCCUUCAUUUACCGUCGGAGCCACGCCUACCUCAGACUCCUCCCUAUUAUUUACUCGUCCGACGAUGAGACCUCCACUUAAAAACCCUCUGAGAAUAUCAGCAGAGAGGUUAGGUAAAGUUGGGGAGAGCGAGGGAGGGGAGACUAAGGAGGAAAAGAGAAAGCAAGUAUUGCAACUUAAGAAACGAGCUCUUAAAGACAAAGAAAUGGUUAGCUCGUUCUUUGCUAUGAAUGAAGCAAGGAAGAAAAUGAGAAGAGAAGAGCUUAAAAAGCAAAGGAGAGCUGCCAGACAAAGCUAUGUUGUGAUGUACAGAAAGUAUAGGAUGGGAGAACUACCUGAUAUUCAAAUAAAACACUCAGAAUUGAUCAGACCUCUCCAGGCAUUGGCUCAAAAUGACAGUGGAUUAGCAAGACUAUUAUUUUGCUCACUGUUUAAUUCGAUAUUCUCACAAUUGGAUCACUUACUAACUGAAGAAGAUGCAGCUGCCACUAAAGGAGUAAUAGAGGGAAACAUUAACACGAUACUUGACUGCUCUACUCAAUACUAUCCUCCAUUCAUUGGGAGUCUACAGGAUAUUUGUUAUUAUGAAAAUAGUUUGAAGAUAAAGCCUCCUAGCAUUACCACAUCAAGUCUUGCAAGCAAACAAGAAUUCACUGGUAUAAUGCUACUAGAGAAACAGCUCCUAUUGAAUGUUGACUCAAGUAAAAGUGCUAAAAGAUCACGUACCAAUAAAAGUAACGAAGUCACUGAGACAUGGAUUGAGUUAGCAAGGUUGUAUAAGUCAUUGGAAGAUUAUGAUGUUCUUCAUGGGAUAUUCACCAACCUUGAUGACACCAAGGAUGUGACAAGAAAAGCAUUAGAAGCAGAGGAAAGAGGAGACUACCUCACUGCCCUCAACUUGUACAAGAAGGCCAUAGAUUUUGACUGGCCUCAAGGUGAGUCUCCACCACAAGUUGAAGAAGAUUUAUGGGAAGACUCUUUACUCAAUGCAUACUCUCACUUGACAAAAUGGAAAGAUCUAGAGAAAGCUUCAACUUGUAAUAUUGGCGAAGAGACUAAUUCGAAACUAGAGCAGCUGUGGAAAGACUCUUAUUGUCAAGAGCAUUACCUACCAUUUGUCCUCUCUUCAAAGUUAAAGCUAUGGUGCACUGAUGAUUCUGAUCAUGGUCUAGCCUCAUUUCUUGAUAAAAGCUUAUCAGAAGAGGCAAACCGUUCCGUCUUAGAGUCUCAUUAUCCUCAGGAACUAACACUCUCCUAUGUGCUAAGAGAUGAUUAUGACAGAGCCUAUUAUUACCUCAGUCUCUCAUUGAAAGCAAAGCAACAAAUUUGGUCAGUACAAGAUGGUAUAUCAUCUUCAACUGGAGCAGUUUCAUCAACUGUGCAAUCAUUACAGAGACUAACUGAAAUGAAUGAGUUUAUUACUUUCAUGAAAUCUAAUGAUAAUUUCAGCAGUCCGGGCCCUGUGAAUAAUUUAUUGAGGAAAUGGAGGAAACGUUUCCCAGACCCUAAACUUGAUCCAGUCCCGAUUUGGGAUGACAUCAUUACCACAAGGUGGAUGAUGUUAAGAAAGAUAUCAACUAAACUUCAAGACUCAGUGCUCAGCCAGCAAUGUGAAUACCUACUUGAUGAUGAUGGUAGCAGCUGUAGUGUAGACUCAAUGAUGAAAAAUGAAAACAUUAACAUGUUCAUGAGAGCUGCUGACGCUGCUAGGACUCAAUCUAAUUAUCCAGUUGCUGAGAAUUAUUUGAAAAUUGUCGAGAAAUCCAUUUUAAAGGAUUUUCCUGAUAAUUAUUUCAUUCAGCUAAGAUGGUUGCAUAGUUUAAUAAAGGUGAGGCUUGACCGGAUUCAUCAGGACCCAUCGCCUACCGACAUGGAGGCUGUAAUAUCACUUACAUGCCAAAUGGACAAUUUCAAAGGAAGAUUAGGUGGUAGUGGCAAGGGGGCCAUAUCAAGUAAGCCAUUUAUAUCACAGCAUCAUGUGCUACUGGGUAAACUGCUGAACAAAAUGGCCGAGAUAUUUGCCACUCCAGAAGAUGGCAUGUUGGCAUUAAGUGCCCUGAGUAAUGAUGGAAAUACUAAACUUAAUUCUUUGAUUGGUGGAACACCUUCUACUUCAACCAAAGCUAUAUCUGAAGGAUUAUGGAUACAAGCAUUAUCUUCAUUCAAUGCUGGUGUUAGAUCUGGUACUACUCUUAAUCCACUGACUAAAGAUCCAGUCCCCACUGUCCAGAGUUUAGAGGAAUUGUUUGGAUUUUGUGACAAUGCACUACGUCAGGAAGACCAUGAUGACGAGCAAUCAACAGGAUUGGAUACAAAAUCUUUUCCUUCCAUUAUUAUUAAUCACACGCUAACUGCAAUGUCUCUUGGUUCAAGCAAAGCCAGGGAGCUCUUCCCAAGAUUACUUCAACUUGUCGAGGCACAUCCUGACACAAUGGAUCUAAUGAUUAAUAAAAGCUCAACUAUUCCGUGUUGGAUGUUCAUAGGUUGGAUAAAUCAAAUGAUAGCUCUAGUGGAUAAACCAGAAUCAAGAGCUGUGCAUGAUAUACUGAUAAGGAUUGCUGAUACUUACCCACAAUCGUUAUAUUAUGCUUUCAGAAUGAGCAGUAGUGGAUACAAAUUUGGACACAAUAAUAGUGAAGGGAAGGAACUUUUUGAAAAAUUGAAGGAGAAGCUUCAGAGUCAACUAAUGGAUGAAUUCAUAGCUGCACUAGAGCAGCUUAAUUCACCAGAGCUAGCAUGGAAGGACUGGUAUGAUAAUGAGUUAAAGCCACUGGUUGGCUCUGUCACUGUUCCCAAGAGAGACAAGAAUGCAAUUAAAAGAGUUUGGGAGCAAAUGUACUCACAAUUACUGGAGACUAGGUCAGGGCUAGGGGACAAGUCACUGUAUGGAGGGAGUCCAUCACUUCAAAAAGGAGCAAGACAGAAAACUUUUGCUCAAGCUUACGCAAAAAAUAUUGAGGAUAAGUUUGGCAAGGGAGGUGCAAAGAUUAUUAGUAUGUCUGGAACACAGCUAGCUAGUGCUUUUAAUGAAGUUUAUAAUAAAAUGAGAGAGAGUUUGAACAAAUUUUCUUCUUCUGCUUUAUUAAAAGAUUACAGCCCGUGGCUGGAUACUUUUAGACAGGAAGAUUAUCUUCAAGUCAUUGAGGUGCCUGGUCUUUAUGAUGGCAGGUCUAAACCUCUCCCUGAAUAUCAUGCAAAGAUAACUCGUUUUGAUGCCAAGGUACUGAUACUCAGUUCUUUGAGGAAACCAAAGAGACUGACGAUUAUUGGUGACGACACGAGGGAGUACAUGUUCCUUGUCAAAGGAGGUGAAGAUUUGAGACUUGAUCAAAGAAUUGAACAGUUAUUUGAAACAAUGAAUAAGGUACUAUCUGAUGAUCCUAUUUGCUCUCAACGUAGACUCAAUUUAAGAACAUACAGCGUGAUCCCUGUCACACCCAGAGUUGGACUGAUUGAAUGGGUUAGGAAUACAAUGCCACUGAAAGAUUUCAUACAAUUAUCAGAUCCUGAGAAGAAGAGCCUACCAGCUGCUAGUAAGAUGAAUCAGAAGUGGCUAGAGCAGAAGUUUGGAGGAUCAAAUUAUGUUAAUUGGUACUAUGAGAUGUACAAGAAAUUAAAAGCUGAUGAAGUGAAGAAAGAAUACAGGAGAAUCGUAUCGGCAGUUCCCUGGGAUUUACUGAGACGUUCACUAAUAAGCUUAGCCUCUACCAGUGAAUCCUUUCUUCUCCUAAGAUGCACUUUCAUUCAAAGUCUAUCGGUCAUUAACAUCUGCCAGUAUAUUCUUGGCAUUGGCGACAGGCAUCUCUCUAACUUUAUGGUUGACAUGGAAACAGGACAGUUGGUUGGGAUUGACUUUGGACACGCUUUCCACUCUGCAACUCAAUUUCUUCCACUGCCUGAGCUGAUGCCGUUUAGAUUAACUCCACAAUUCGUUAAUCUUCUCUUGCCUCACAAAGUCUCUGGGCAGCUCCGCAGCUGCAUGAUACACACUUUAAGGGCGCUAAGACACUCGCCUACUUUACUCUUAAACACUAUGGAUGUGUUUAUCAAAGAGCCAUCUUUGGAGUGGGAGUCUAAUGCUAAGAAACAAGCUUUAGCUCAAAAGAUAAAUACUGAUGAUAACACUUGGUAUCCCAAAGAGAAGGUCAAUAUAUGUAGAAAGAAGUUGCUUGGAUUCAACUCGUCUCAUUUAAUGCUUAUUGAUUUGGAACAUGGUUUUAAGAAUAAGCCAGAGUUCAAAUACCUAAAGGGAAUUCUUCUUGGUGACUCUAGCACUAAUCUUCGUGCUAGAGUUGGUAAAAGAUGUGACAGUGUAGAAGACCAGGUUGAUUGUCUUAUUGAUCAUGCUACUGAUAGUAAUGUACUGGGUAGAACUUAUGGUGGCUGGGAGGCAUGGGUAUAACAUUAUUAUUACUGUAUGCACAGACUUUGAGUAUAAACUACAUGUCCUACAAAUUAUGAACAGGUUAUUCGUUAAAA